CCCUCGCCAUGGCGUCGCCUUCCUUCCACGCGGACGACGAUGAGAACCUGCGGGGCUGCGAGCUGUACGUGCAGACCCAUGGCAUCCAGCAGGCGCUGCGGGACUGUGUGGUGCAUCUGUGCCUUGCCAAGCCCGAGCGCCCCAUGCGCUUCCUGCGCGAGCACUUCGAGAGGCUGGAGAAGGAAGAAAACAGACAGACGCUGGCCUGGCAGAAGUCCAGCUCCCAGUCAGACUCGCAUGACGAAGAGGUGUCCCCAGUGCCCCCGAACCCCGUGGUGAAGGCCCGGCGCCGGCGUGGUGGGGUGAGCGCCGAGGUGUACACUGAGGAAGAUGCCGUGUCCUACGUCAGGAAGGUCAUCCCAAAAGACUACAAGACCAUGACUGCGCUGGCCAGGGCCAUCUCUAAGAAUGUGCUCUUCACCCACCUGGAUGACAAUGAGAGAAGCGACAUCUUUGACGCCAUGUUCCCUGUCACCCACAUUGCCGGCGAGACUGUCAUCCAGCAAGGGAACGAAGGUGACAACUUCUACGUUAUUGACCAAGGAGAAGUGGACGUGUACGUGAACGGAGAAUGGGUGACCAACAUCAGUGAGGGUGGCAGCUUCGGGGAGCUGGCGCUCAUCUAUGGCACUCCCAGGGCCGCUACGGUGAGAGCCAAGACGGACCUGAAGCUCUGGGGCAUUGACCGCGAUAGCUACCGGCGCAUCCUCAUGGGCAGCACGCUGAGAAAACGCAAGAUGUAUGAGGAAUUCCUCAGCAAAGUCUCCAUCCUGGAGUCCCUGGAGAAGUGGGAACGCCUCACGGUGGCCGAUGCCCUGGAGCCCGUGCAGUUUGAAGACGGAGAGAAGAUUGUGGUCCAGGGCGAGCCCGGGGACGACUUCUUCAUCAUCACGGAGGGCACGGCCUCCGUCCUGCAGCGCAGGUCUCCCAACGAGGAGUAUGUGGAGGUAGGACGUCUCGGACCCUCGGACUACUUUGGGGAGAUUGCUCUGCUGCUGAACCGGCCACGUGCGGCCACCGUGGUGGCCCGAGGGCCGCUCAAAUGCGUGAAGCUGGACCGGCCACGCUUCGAGCGCGUGCUGGGGCCCUGCUCCGACAUUCUCAAGAGAAACAUCCAGCGCUACAACAGCUUCAUCUCCCUCACGGUCUGAGCCGCGCCUGCUGCCCGCGCUCCCGACGCCCCCGCGCGCGUGGCCGGCAAAGGCCAGCGAGUGAAGCCCGGCCCGCGUCUCUCUGGGGACGGAGGCCAUCUGUGUCCCCUCCCCCCCCCUGCUGCCACCGGAAGGACCCUCCCCGCAGCCCCCGUGACUCCACAUGGACUGUGCCCCAGAACCGUGGGCCUGGGGCUCCCUGCCCCUGAGUGGAUGGCUGCAUGGCAGGCCUCCAGUGGCCUGGGCU